CAUGAAGGCAGCGUGGAUUGUGGGUUGGACAGGAAGCUGCGGGAACGCGCAGACUGUCCCCGAGAAGAAUGGCCCGCAUUUGGUAUACAUGAAGAUGAGAUUGAUCGUGAAAACAUGAAGAUGUCGGAUACUCUGGAGUAGGGUUUUUUUUUUCUUUUGGGGGGGGGGGGGGGUAACAUUUUCAGAACUGCUCCCCAGCCAAAACCCUUAAAGUGUGACGCGUCUUUCCACACGACUGUUAUCGUCCUCAAAGUCAGUGGUAGGAGAUAGCCGGAGGAGAGGAUUCUCUUUGUGAAUCCAUUUCACUAGCACUCUGCACGAAGCAUGGAGAAUCCCGCUGAGGAAGGGAGAUCAACUCCUUGUAAUAGUAACCAGACGUGACCUCUUUUACAAAUUCAAGCUUGCCUUGUUGUAUGUGUUACAGGCAACGUAUUAGUGUUGUUUGUAUGAACAGUUGACAAAGUGCAACUAUAUUGUUGAACAGGUUUGAAAUGAUAAUUGUUCUCUGCAACUGCAUUCAAUCCAAUUUUUAUGUUUAAUAUUGAAGACAGGGAGUUGGCAAAGAAGGACCCUAAAGUUGUUUGGCUUGCCAUCAACGCUAAAAGCAAUGCACUGAUCAACAUGAAUGCACUUUACCCACCCAGUGCAGAACCAUCCGUCAGCCAUCUCUCGAGAGUGCUCAUGCGUAUUAAAAGCCCUGUCAAAGUGGAGUGGUAGUUUCGACUGUUCUGUAGCCUCAGUAGGAAGAGGGCCAAGCCACUUCAGAGAUCAUCAGCUGGGAGUAUACUGGCCAUGUGUCACACAUUGAUAACAUUGAAAGGACCAAUGGAGCAGGUAUCAGAUGAUGAAUUGGAUCAUGGAGCUGAAGAGGACAGUGAUAAGGAGGACCAAGACCUGGAUAAGAUGUUUGGAGCCUGGCUGGGCGAGUUAGACAAGAUCACACAGGGUAUGGAUGAUGGCAGGACCCAGAAGGCACUGCAGAAGCCUCCUCUCAGACAAGAAACAAAUAUUGCCAAUUUCUCCUACCGGUUCUCAAUGUAUAACAUAAAUGAGGCACUGAAUCAGGGUGAAACAGUAGACUUGGAUGCUCUUAUGGCUGACUUGUGUACCAUCGAACAGGAGCUUAGCACCAUUUCCAAACCGAACUCUCGGAGUCAGAGCAAGCGGACCCUAGGGGGACGCAGUGCCAGAACCAAGCAUCCAGGCACCAGUGGAGGAGGAAGCAGUGGAGGAAGUGCCAGUAGCAGCACUCGGGCGUCUCCGGCCAACACAGUUCGAGGGAGCAGUGUCAACACGCACCGUGUGGCCUCCAAUAUUUCCCUAGAUGACAUUACCUCUCAGCUGGAGAAGGCUUCACUUAGCAUGGACGAAGCUGCCCGUCAGACGUCCUCGUCAUCCUCAUCAUCCUCGUCCUCUUUCUCCUCCACGACGUUGCGACGUCCCUCAUCUGGUGCGUCUGGGAGUGGCCGGCACCAUCGGCGGACGGGGUCAGUGGGUGCGGUCAGUGAACAGGAGGCAACAUCCCAGCGAUCCAGUGUAAACUCGGCGUGUGCAUCGGCAUCCAGUAUGGACUCACUAGACAUUGAUAAAGGGAUGACUGGUGGAGAGGUUGAUGGAAGUAGCAGCUCGAUCACACAGAGGCAAAACCAGACCAGCGCAGAGCAUGUCAAACUGCGGUGGGCCAAUGGUAAAACGGCCAGGCGGCACCUUGAUUUCACCCCACAAGAGGGUGAAGUGGAUCGGGCCACUCACUCCUAUUUGGACCAAGAAACCUCACUUAUUCUGAAAAGUAUAGCUGGAAAGCCUUCUCACCUCCUGACCAAGGAAGAGCAUGCUGCUAAGCAGAAGGCAGAGAAGAUCCGAGUGGCCCUGGAGAAAAUCAAAGAGGCGCAGGUCAAAAAGCUGGUGAUCAGGGUGCACAUGUCAGAUGAGAGUUCCAAAACCAUGAUGGUAGAUGAGAGGCAAACAGUCAGGCAGGUGCUGGACAGCCUGCUGGACAAGUCUCAUUGUGGCUACAGCUCCGACUGGUCGCUGGUAGAAACCAUUACUGAGCUACAAAUGGAACGUAUUUUUGAGGAUCACGAGAACUUGGUGGAGAAUCUCUUGAACUGGACGCGGGACAGUCACAACAAGCUCAUGUUCAGUGAGCGCAUUGAGAAAUAUGCUCUCUUCAAGAACCCCCAGAACUAUUUGUUAGGGCGUAAGGAAACUUCAGAAAUGGCUGACAGAAAUAAGGAGGCUUUAUUAGAGGAGUGCUUCUGCGGGGGCUCAGUGUCUGUGCCUGAGAUUGAAGGUGUCUUGUGGCUAAAGGAAGAUGGGAAAAAGUCGUGGAAGAAACGCUACUUCCUUCUCAGGGCUUCUGGAAUCUACUAUGUCCCCAAAGGCAAAGGCAAAGCAUCCAGAGAUCUUGUUUGCUUCUUGCAACUAGACCAUGUCAAUGUGUAUUACGGGCAAGACUAUCGCUGCAAAUAUAAAGCUCCUACUGACUACUGUCUGGCUUUGAAGCACCCUCAGAUCCAGAAGAAGUCACAAUAUAUUAAAUAUCUGUGCUGUGACGAUGUCAGGACCUUGCACCAGUGGGUUAAUGGAAUUAGAAUUGCCAAAUAUGGGAAGCAGCUCUACGUAAACUACCAGGAGGCCAUGAGAAGAACAGAGGCAGCCUACGAUUGGUCCUCUCUUUCUACCUCUAGCAUUCGAUCGGGAUCCAGUUCUGCAAGCAUACACGAAUCACAGUCUAACCAUUCAGGCCAUUCAGACAGUGGUGUGGACACUGGGUCCUCUCAUGGUCGCUCCCAGAGUGUCGUGAGCUCCAUUUUCUCUGAAGCUUGGAAGAGAGGCACACAAUUAGAAGAAAACACCAAGAUGCGAUUGGAGGCUUCCAGAGGUGCCACUUUGCCCCAUGCUUCCCACAGUCACCGUCAUCAGAGCCAGCAUUCAGUUGACCAUGCUGUCCUUACAACCCCCCCUCAGGCUCAUCCCCACCAAGAGCCUGAUCCACACGCCGUUGAGCAGCACCUGCCCCUUAAGCCACAAUCACCUCAACAGGUCCGUCAGCCCCAUCCGCAGUCACCUCAGUCCUUGCAAAAGCCUCCGCAACAACUGCAACACCAGGAGCCGCACACCACAAGCAGCUACACCCACAUGCCCCCCCAACAGCCACCAAAUUCUGUGAACAACUACAGCCAAAUGCCCCCCCAACAGCUGACACACUCUGUGAACAACUACAGCCAAAUGCCUUCACCACCGUCACUUCAAGAUCAGCAGACACACUCGAACUACAACCACUCAUCGGACAAAGUGAGCAACUACGUCGUACUCUCCGAACAGCCAACACACAGCGAUAGUAACUACAGCCAUGUGCUAUCCUCCCAGAAACACCCACCACCCCCUCCACCAGCCCCACCACCACCCCCAGUCCAAACCAUGUCACACUACUCCCCAGCUCUUAACAUGUACAAGUUCAGUACCAUAACCAGGCUGCAGAACCAGAACCAGGGUUGCAGUCAUCACAAAAUGCAUCCCCAGCCCUCUCCCCCAUCUCAUACACUGCCCAGCGCAAAGGUGCAGAUCAAACAAAAUGUGAAUCACAUUGCAGCAAGGACCAAUGUCCCGCCUCCACCUCCGCCUCCACCGCCACCAUCUAUGCCAACCCCUGGUUCUGCCAUGGCUGCGUUGAAGUUCGGUCCUCCGAGUCCAAAUGCGCUCACUGCCUUCAUCCCGCUGCCUCUGGUUCCACAGAUCAAUGGAGUAGUAUUUCCACCCCCUCCUCCCUCACCCCCAUCAGCACCGGGUGCCAUCAGCCAUUCACUUUAUCCAAUUGGGCUGAAACAUGCACUGAAAGAGAGGUUUCCCAGCCCACCACGAGAUCUUUUGUCCGCAAACGGAGAAAUUGAAGACUCUCCGCCUCCUGCUCCUACUCCACCACCACUACCCCCUCCUCCUCCACCAGCACCACCCAAAUCAUUUACCCCAAGACUUGUUCCUCAUACUGCCCCCAAACCUGUGUCACCUGUCUCACCCUUCCCACCUGCCCCACCUCCAGCGACCAUGGGUGGGCUGCCACCACCGGCACCCCCUCCUCCACCUGCACCUCUCAAGAAGCAAUUCAUUCUCCAGAUAGGCUGCACUUCCAGCCAACCUCCGCCGACUCUGCCCAAGCAGCACAGUCUGUCUAAGCACCCACCCGUUUCCACAGUAAUGGCUCCUGUCUCGUCGUUGGUAAAACAGCUCGCAAGUCAGUUUCCUGGGGCUCCAACCCAGGCAUCCAAUCACACAGAGGACCCCAAGGUUCCUCUCUCCCCACCUGCAGUCAAGUCCAAACCAAAAUGGCACCCUCUUGCCUGUCAGCAGCUACAAUCUUCAGAGUUCCCACCCCCUCCGGACAGUGUUCAAGUCAACAACAUUGGUUUUCCUGCUCCUCCUCCACCACCACCACUGGGUCCAUUAGGCCCUGCCUCUUGUCCUACAAUACUGCCCCCUCCCCAUCCUCCAGGGAGUAUGGGAUCACCUGGGAGGAUGUCACACUCUGGCAUCUCCUGUGUAGGAGGUAAAAAACCUCCUCUGACCUCCCAGAGAGACUCUAGCAUUAACUCUAACCCCUCUGCAUCCUAUGAAGAAUCCCGAAGGAACCUGUUCAGUAAGUUUGCACCCCAGAGCAGCAUCCCUUCAUCCUCCCAGUCUCCCACCUCUGUUUCAACUGGAUCGCCGUCAAAGGAUCCCUCAGGGGGACCCCGUGCACCCCCAAAGCCUGGUAAGCUCAACUUGGCCAACCUGCCCUUGGGUCUUCAGGCCAAAGUAAGCCAGGCAAAGCAGUCAGGCAGAGACUUUCCCUCCCCGCCAGCCGAGUGUGCCUACUUCCCUCCUCCACCGCCACCGUCUGAGCUAUUCCCACCUCCACCUCCUCCUGGGAGUGAUUGUCAUAGUAGUGGACCUCCAAGAGUAGCUGUGGUGAACCCUCAGCCUCAAGGUCCUCCUCCUCCUCCUCCCCCACCUCCCCCACCAGUCUCCGUUAUUACCAACUCCACUUGGGGUAAGAGCUCGCUGAAAAAGACUCCUCCUCCAACACUUGUGCGCCGUAGCAACACCACACCAGAGCCCCCAUCGCUCUCACCACCACCACAGAUCCCUCCACCCACCUCACCGAAGGGAAGCUCAAGCCAGCCCAACUUCCUUGCAGAUCUUAACCGGACCCUCAAGCGAAAGUCUGUGGGUAAGCAAGGCAAAAUGGACCCUGCUGGGAUUAUGGAUGACAUGGCGCUCCCGCCACCACCCCCUGAGCUGCUGCUUGAACAGGGAAAGGAGAGCAAUGGAGGAAAUGAUGGCUUCAUGUCCGGGAACAUCUCAGGCUAUGCAACGCUGCGACGAGGACCCCCACCUGCACCACCAAAACGGGGGGAUACCACCAAGCUUACUGGGGAGUGUUGAAAAAAUGUUUUGGAAGGGGGUGGGGGGACGCUACAAAAUUGCUUUUGUAUAAUCUAAAAGCUGAUUCAGAAUUUGGUCAACGAGGGUUCAUUUCUCAAAUGCUCAGGAUUUUACUCAACAUUUAGACUCUUAGCAUGUAGUCUAAUCAUCAUAGCUGAGUAGAAAAUGUUCCUAAUGCAAAAUGACAAAUCUUGUGCAUUACACAUUUGAACUAAAUUACAAAUGAAUUUGGCAAAUAUGACUAGAUCGGUCUUGGACUCAAACCAAGUGUCCUCUUCUAGUGCUGCAUAUUUGAAAGGGGGUGGGGGUGGGGGUGCGGGAGUACCUUGUUCAGGCUCUAAAUUGGAGUGCAUGUGAUUGGUGUGUAUGGGACAUACAAAUCUGCGUUGAGCAAAUACAUACACCAUACACGAGUUAGAGGGAGUAUGUGCAACAGAGCUUGUUUGCUUUUGUGUGAAAAUAUUUAAAUGAAUGAUUGAAGUGUUUUUAUUUAGAAUCAAUGGCGGUUUGGUCAAAAACAUUCUCAUUUGGUGUCUUUCCAAAUGGCCUUAUCCCGUGACAACAGCAAAGAUGGAGGCCUUAUUCUUUACGUCUUGCACAGUGGAGUGGGGGUGAGGUUUCACCUGUCAUGUCACAUCACAAUCCAGGAAGUGGGCUGGAUUUGUCCACGUGAAGUACUGUAUACACUACAGAAUACUGUACAGUGCAUGAAACCAUACUGCGGAACACUGAAGUCAUACGACUUGAAUGUUGCUCUUAUAUUGGUGGGUAGGUCUUAUCUGGUCUUUUUUGUGGUCCCAUGAAAGUCUUCGGCCAAACUGUUUGCAGAGAUGCCUUCAUUUUCAGCAGGGUGCUUGCAGUGCCCCAACAUGUCAGGGUGACAUUUAUAUUUCCUUCACUAGUAAAAACAAAAUAGAUUGGAAUUUCUUUUAAAGAUGCUUGUGACUAAUGGGGGGGAUUAAAAUGGUAUUGGUUGCCCCCUUACAAUUCAUGAUGCUAUAUGCCUUUAUUCUAUGCCCAACAUUGUUCUGGCACACUUUUUGUUUUAAUCUUACAUUUGCUAAUGUGCUGUGUGUAAAUUAUUGAUGUACUCAUGGGGCCCAAAUUGUUACGAAUUGAUUGUUCUUGCUUAUAAAGAAAUUCACAACAUAAAUGUUCAAACCUGAA